AUGAGCAGAGAAAUCCAGAAAUACGUGAAAUCCCAGAAGCACUUGGUGAAACAGAAUGUGAUCUUUAUUGCGGAAUCGGACGCUCGGCUUCGGGCGGAGCACGUUCACUGUGAGCGUCAUGCCCUAGAACCAGCACCGGAGCAGGUACGUCUGAUUCACGUACUUUUAUAUAGCGCCACCAUAUUCUGCAGCGCUGUACAAUAUUAAUGUUAAAUUGUAACAGCGAAUAUGAGACAAAAUCCUGGAAAUGUUACCGGGAGCGAGAUUGAUGCCGGCACUGCUCAAACAAGCUUACAAUCUUAUAGGGUAAUGAGAGAUUGUGUUUACUGAGGUGACUUCCUACCAAUUUCUCAAUAAAUAAAGAUUGCUGGAAGGGCAUGGAGCACGGCGCAGCCAUUCUAUGUGGAAUUCCCUUCCUGUUUGGAGCCUGCUCUCUGUCUGUAUGGCGCUCGCUGUAUGGAGCCUGCUAUCUGUCUGUAUGGUGCUCGCUGUAUGGAGCCUGCUCUCUGUCUGUAUGGCGCUCGCUGUAUGGAGUCUGCUCUCUGUCUGUAUGGUGCUCGGUGUAUGGAGCCUGCUCUCUGUCUGUAUGGCGCUCGGUGUAUGGAGCCGGCUCUCUGUCUGUAUGGUGCUCGGUGUAUGGAGCCUGCUCUGUCUGUAUGGCGCUUGGUUUAUGGAGCCUGCUCUCUGUCUGUAUGGUGCUCGCUGUAUGGAGUCUGCUCUCUGUCUGUAUGGUGCUCAGUGUAUGGAGUCUGCUCUAUGUCUGUAUGGCGCUCGGUGUAUGGAGCCUGCUCUCUGUCUGUAUGGUGCUUGGUGUAUGGAGCCUGCUCUCUGUCUGUAUGGUGCUCGGUGUAUGGAGCCUGCUCUCUGUCUGUAUGGUGCUCAGUGUAUGGAGUCUGCUCUAUGUCUGUAUGGCGCUCGGUGUAUGGAGCCUGCUCUCUGUCUGUAUGGCGCUCGCUGUAUGGAGUCUGCUCUCUGUCUGUAUGGUGCUCGGUGUAUGGAGCCUGCUCUCUGUCUGUAUGGCGCUCGGUGUAUGGAGCCGGCUCUCUGUCUGUAUGGUGCUCGGUGUAUGGAGCCUGCUCUGUCUGUAUGGCGCUUGGUUUAUGGAGCCUGCUCUCUGUCUGUAUGGUGCUCGCUGUAUGGAGUCUGCUCUCUGUCUGUAUGGUGCUCGCUGUAUGGAGUCUGCUCUCUGUCUGUAUGGUGCUCAGUGUAUGGAGUCUGCUCUCUGUCUGUAUGGCGCUCAGUGUAUGUAGCCUGCUCUCUGUCUGUAUGGUGCUCGGUGUAUGGAGCCUGCUCUCUGUCUGUAUGGUGCUCGGUGUAGGGAGUCUGCUCUCUGUCUGUAUGGAGCUCGGUGUAUGGAGUCUGCUCCCUGUCUGUAUGGUGCUCGGUGUAUGGAGCCGGCUCUUUGUCUGUAUGGUGCUCGGUGUAUGGAGCCUGCUCUCUGUCUGUAUGGCGCUCGCUGUAUGAAGCCUGCUCUCUGUCUGUAUGGCGCUCGGUGUAUGGAGCCUUCUCUCUGUCUAUAUGGCGCUCGGUGUAUGGAGUCUGCUUCCUGUCUGUAUGUUGCUCGGUGUAUGGAGCCUGCUCUUUGUCUGUAUGGUGCUCGGUAUAUGGAGCCUGCUCUCUGUCUGUAUGGCACUCAGUGUAUGGAGCCUGCUCUGUCUAUAUGGUGCUCGGUGUAUGGACUCUGCUCUCUGUCUGUAUGGCGCUCGAUGUAUGGAGCCUGCUCUCUGUCUAUAUGGCGCUCGGUGUAUGGAGCUUGCUCUCUGUCUGUAUGGUGCUCGGUGUAUGAAGUCUGCUCCCAGUCUGUAUGGCGCUCGAUGUAUGGAGUCUGCUCCCUGUCUGUAUGGCGCUCGAUGUAUGGAGUCUGCUCCCUGUCUGUAUGGUGCUCGCUGUAUGGAGUCUGCUCUCUGUAUGGCGCUCGGUGUAUGAAGCCUGCUCUCUGUCUGUAUGGCGCUCGGUGUAUGGAGCCUGCUCUGUCUGUAUGGUGCUCGCUGUAUGGAGUCUGCUCUCUGUAUGGCGCUCGGUGUAUGGAGCCUGCUCCCUGUCUGUAUGGUGCUCGCUGUAUGGAGUCUGCUAUCUGUAUGGCGCUCGGUGUAUGGAGCCGGCUCUCUGUCUGUAUGGCGCUCGGUGUAUGGAGCCUGCUCUCUGUCUGUAUGGCACUUAGUGUAUGGAGCCUGCUCUCUAUCUGUAUGGCGCUCACUGAAUGGAGCCUGCUCUCUGUCUGUAUGGCGCUCAGUGUAUGGAGCCUGCUCUCUGUCUGUAUGGCACUCAGUGUAUGGAGCCUGCUCUCUAUCUGUAUGGCGCUCACUGUAUGGAGCCUGCUCUCUGGCUGUAUGGCGCUCGCUGUAUGGAGCCUGCUCUCUGGCUACAUGGAACCUGCUUUCUGUGUGUGUGUGUGUGUGUGUGUGUAUGGCGCUUGCUGUAUAACGUUGGUAGCUGUUCUCAAUGCUCAGUCUCUCCCCUAUUUUUGUUCCAUAUUGUGAAGAAGGCACCGGACACGGAGUCUGACCCCAUCUUAGAUCGAGGUAUUGUACAAGGUGCGUCAGAGAAGAUCCAGGAUCCACGCUUGCUCAGUGAGUAACUGAAUUAAUGUGUCGUCACAUCUCGUCUAAACAAACGAGACAAUCGUCAGUGAGACAUCGAAAUAUAAAUUAGAGCUUUAGAUAUUAUAGACAAACUGUAAACUUGUAACUUAUCUCCUUAAGGGCGGAGUCAAAUGUUGUGAUCAAAACAAAACCUAGAAUUUGCGCUAUAAGUCUGUAGAACUAUAAUUCACUCUUUCAUAUUAAGUGCACCUCACCACUUAUUAUAUUACAUUUUGUUCAUGAGAAACAAGGCUUUCCUUUCACAUCACGUAUUUGUAUAUCAAAUAUAAUUAAUAUGAACAAAUUCUAAUAAGGUGUGAGAAAUUAAGAAAUGUAUUUAUGACAUUUUAGCUGUGAAUGUCAUAAUACUGUUAGCUUUUACUCCAAUUAAAUACACGUAUUUGUGUUCAGCGAUGUCUCACGAGUACACUACCCCCAAUGUAAAGGUUUUAUGGGGUUUUGGAAACUUAUUGGGUCAAAUAUAAGGCUUGUCCAUUUACGGUAUUAUACAUUAAAAUUAGCAAUAUUGGUUUGUUGGCCCUUUGUUGCCUUUGAGAACGUUUGACAGCCCCCAGGAAUGAGAGUUACCACCCAUAAAGGCAUACCAUUUGCAAAAGUAUACAACCCAAGGUAUUCAAAAUGGGGGUAUGUCCAGUCUUUUUUAGUAGCCACACAAACUCUGUCUAAAGUUAGCAUUCAUGUUUAUUAUUUUGAAUUUUUCACAAAAAAUGCCUUUUCACCAAUUAUAUCUUCAGCAUUAUAAGUUUUACUGCUCUAAAGCACUCAUAUUUGUGUUCAGCGAUGUCUCAUGAGCACAACAGCACUCCUAUGUCCAGGUUUUAUGGUGUUUUGGUAAGUUACAGGGUCAAAUAUAGAGCUUGCCAUUUCAGUUGUUGCACAUUGAAAUGUGUCUCCCAAAUAUAACAGUGCCCCCAGGUACCAUUAUUUUUGAUAAUGUUUUUUUUUUUUUGGUAAGUGAAAACUACCCCCAUUGUGAUGGAGACCCUUACAUUAUAAAUGUGUUGUUAUUGGUUUGGAAGUUUGUGUCCCUGUCCCCAACAAGGUCCAUGUGGGCUUGGGGACUUGCAUAUUGGAGAGAAAGAACUUCUGUGUCUGCUGUUCCAGCUUGCAGGAGAUUUAACGGGGAAAGCCCUUGUAAGGAUUAGAGCUCCCAGGACUGAGUGUCGUCCAGUGCCUGGGGGUGUCCAGGGCCCCAGUCAAGCCACAGCGACUGAGGGCAAGAGUGCUGAGGUUUGUCCCCUAUUAGAGCUAGGAAGCGGUCCUUGGCAGAGGUACCCAGCCAGGGGUACAGGGAGCUCUGUCACACCCAUGAUGGCACAUCAUUUUUUAAUAGUAGGCAACCCAGAAUAUUCCAAAUUGAGCAAUUUGAGAUGUUUGGUCUAGCCACUUUAACAGAAAUGCUGUCCCUAUGUAACGAUUUAUACUUUUAUUUGUGUUUUUUCACACACAUGACUUCACACAAUUUUACAGGAAAUGUGAUCAUUCUGAUAUGAUUAAGUGCAAUAAAACCUCAGUAUUAUGAUUUGGCAUUGUCUCCUGAAUAUAAUAGUACCCCCAUGUACUGGUUUUGCAGGUUUGUAUCAUUACUAUAUUUCAUUAUAUCACAUGAAUAUAACAUUAUCCCCUGUCCCAUUCUUCACCUCACUAUUAUCUGAGGAGAGAGAGAGAUACUGCAUUAACCCAAUUAUCUCUGAUAGUUACUGUGUGAAAACUUUUAAAAAGGCAGUUUUUAUUAACCCUUUCAGAGCCGAUCACAGCAUUAACCCUGUGGUUAGAGUUUUUUGGUAAGCCAUAUGGUGGAAUAUAUUAGAUGCCCUUUUCAACUUGUAAAAUUGAUAAAGUGAUUUUCUGUUGUCUCUGAGAGAGCAUUGCCCCCCGAAUGGCAUACCACUUUAACAAGUACAGAGUUGUUUGGUGUAGCCACUUUAGAAUGGGGUGCCACAUUUUCUUUCUGUUCUAAUGGGACCCCGGAUGUGCAGAGAGAUACUGUCUGGCAAACAAAUUAUCAGCUCAAAUAUGUCGUCCGACUUAAAGAUUGGCUCACAGUGGUACACUGUAACUUGAUGCCAGGUGUAGCAGUGAAUGCGGGUAUGUCCGUUUUCCCCUGGCACUUGGCUUCCUAAACACCCUCUCGUAGAUGGGGGGGGUGGGAGGGGAGGGCAUUAUCACGUGAGGACUCACUCAUGGGCUCAGUGUCAGAGACAGUGAUAGUGUCAGAGGCAGUGAUAGUGUCGCUGUCACUGUCUGCCAGAAUGACGAACGCUUCCUCCACGGUAUAGCAACUUGCCAUUCUAGGGGGAUUCAUUCUAAAAACUAAGGCGCUAAUAUAUUUUAUUUCCUACCCACACAGCCAUCCACAAAAACCCAAACCCCCAAAAACAAUUCAAUCAAAGUACGAAUCUCAGUUUAAACAGCUGCGACCUGUACUUAAAGGGUUCUUGUAACAAAGAGGACAGCUUAACCGGCAUAUGGAGACUGUGGAUUACUAUUCAGUUCUGGACAUUGGAAGCAUUCACCAUACGAAUGCUUGCUACCAAAUAACAGGCCACCUUGAUUCCUAAUUAUGACCCAUUUACCUCCCUGCUCUAUAGGGAUUUUCGUACAAAGAAACGCACGAACGCUAUACGAACUGUAUGGGUGGCCGCCAUUUCGGGACUUCCACGUGUUCACGGCCAUUUUAACUCCCAAACAGCGGUGUUUUGCCGUCGAGUGUCUGGAACUAAAAUCGGACACUCGAAUAGGCGAACACCGCUGAGACCUCCAUAACUUCGGGAAAUCGGUAGUUCAGUAGAAAGACUUAACAGCUUUUGGGGAUUCCAGCGAACAUGAGAUUAUAUACGGAUGGCUAGCCGUUCGGGACUUUUUACGCACAAACUAAGACCGACUGCAGGGCCAGGAUUCAUGGAACUGCUUUCGGCUAUUUUGCCAGUGCGGUCAGUCAAAACUUUCAAGCCCCAUAUCUCCCGAACGGCUGAAUUUUGGAUAUAUUGGCCCACCAGAACAGAGCUAUCUGGGGACAUCGGAUUUAUGCCUGUACCCCAAGUAUUUGGGGUACAUCCAAACUUUGGGGAAAAAUAUGUUCAUUUUAAUUAUGUUAUGUGGUUAUCUAAGGGGAGGAGAUGUACAGGAUGUAUAUUGUGUUUAUUGGCUGUACUGUUAAUUAUGUGGGUGUCUCCCUUGCAUGGGCAGAAUCACAUAAAAGAGAGUGUCUGUCAUUAAAGCUUUAGUUCUUCUUGACCAUUCAAAACGUAGCCCCGUCUCGUUCUUGAAAGGGGAAUUUUGCAGCAUAAUCACUAAGCUCUUUUCAGAGCUGUACCUGACUUCUACCUUGGAUCCAGCAGAGGGGAAUAAGCAGCUCCAUCACUACACAGCGAUUUGCCGGGAAGAAAAGGAUGUCCCCAACGGCUGAUACCCUCACUCCAGCUGGGUAGCCGUUACAGUUAUUUUUUAUUUCUUUAUAAAAAUAACCCAAAAUAAAAUGUCAGCCUGGUCAGAAAGCCCUCAGAUCACAGUGAUCACUGAUACGGUACUGUACAGCAGAGAUGGGUUACAGUACAGUGAUCACACAGCAGGGAUGGGGUUAAAAAAGAUUCAAAUUGCUGCAGCUGAUCAAAAGGUUAAAAAAAAGUUGUUGUUUUUUUUAUCCUAAAAGAAAAUUAAGAAUAUAGAAAAGUACUCCAUAACCUAAUCAGGCUGAUCACAGGGUUAAUGCUGUGAUCAGAAUCAAAGGGUUAAAAAAAAUCGCAAAAAAGCAAAUUCCUUUAAAAAUAUACCGCCUCCACAUAAUCAGGUGAAACCUGCUCUGCAUUACUAGGGGGAGGCGUAGAGCCACUGACUCGGAGGGGGCCGUCUUUCAACCCCCACUAAAUUUUUGGGUCUACACCUAGCCAGUCACAGCCGUUGACAACCAGGCGCAUUGAACAUAGACCGAUCGAACGACCCAAUUCCCGCACACACGUCAGAACGACUCCUCCCCUUUGACAUCUUAUAGGCACUUAAACACCAAACAGACAAGACUGAACCUGCCCUGACGGUAUGGGCGUCCAACGUUCCCCGAUGGGACUAACAGACGCAGUAUACCCUCUCUGUGGAACUGCCAUAGCAAGGAACACAGCCCGCUAUCCGAGGCACACUGAGCUCAAUAACCUGACACAUUAUCUGGUUCAGAGAUGUCAUGCUUGUUAUUGUGUAUAUUUCUCAAUUAUCUCGGCUAGGAUUGGAAUGAUGAUACACAAAAUACAGAUAAAGAUUGUCAAAGGGAAGGGAAAAGGAAAAAAGAAUAAUAUAUGCAUACUCUAGGCCCUGGUUCACCACACCGUGAUAUGCCAUCACUCACAUAUGUUAGUGUAGAUAUGUUUGUGCUAACGCUUACCUCCUGGACCGACUUUUCUAAUUAUUAUUUUAUUCUUUAUAUAGCGCCCUCAGAUUCCAUAGCGCUGUACAAUGGAUGGACUAACAGACAUGUAAUUGUAACCAGACAACUGGACGUACAGGACCAGAGAGAGAUAUCAGCCCGUCCUUACGAGCACGUUGUCUUGGUGUUACCGUUGAAGCAUCGAGAAGCAUUACACAAGAUGCUACUAAAGAGCUUGUCCAUGCUCUAGUAAUCUCUCCUAAUUGAUCUUCCCAAUAGCCGUAUUGCCCCGCUACAGUCUGUAAUGGUGGAUUGAAUGAAUCUCAAAUAAUGAGAGAGAAAGAGAAGGGCUGUGGGUAGAGGUUUGAAGGAGCAGCGAGGUGAGAGCAGAAACCCUACACCACCACCUUUAUUUUCAGAGUUUCUUGGGUUGUGGGUAAGUUGAAGACCAGAGGGAGCGAGCCAUGUUUCGGUUAAUGAUGGUAAUUGUAGGGAACGAGAGAUGAAAAGAUCAUGCACAGCUGUGGAUUUAGUAACACUGCAAACAGAGUGUGCAUACCAGAGGGCAGUAUUGAAGGAGGAUAAUACCUGAUGUGACGAAGUGCCCUUCGCCACUCGUGCCUGGAGAGGACUGCUUGCCCGCCCCUGGGAUGUAUUGCCCUUUAAAGACAUGAUUUGGGCAUAAUGGAUUUGUGUUGUGCUGCUGCUGGCCCUUUAAGAACCAUCUGGGGACAUACUGUGGAGUUACUGGGUGGCCACCAUUUCCUGUAUCAGAAGCACAUGGUGAGAACAAUGGAUGGCGGCCAUUUUAACUCACAGACACUGUUUGGACUUUUCAACACGGUGCCAUCUCGCCAGUAUUUGGUGCACAGAGACAUCGUGCAGUGGUUUUGGACUAUACAGCAGGGGACACAUUAUAAAGUGAUUGUUUUUCAUUUAGCCUGUAUAUGUUCUGCAGAAUCUGCAUUAAACUGUAUUUUCCAAAGUACUGAACGGAUCUGGGUGAAUUUUGGAUAUGUGGUUCACCCAGAUCCCCCGGUUCCAAGGAUAUACUUUUUAUGGGGUUAUUGCAUGUUUUGGGGUCCCUGUGUGUUUUAUGAAACUGUAUUAUUUCUGGCCAGCAGAUAAUUGAGCUUUGUGUAUUGUAGAAACUCAAUUAUCUAGCCUGGCCCAGAGGAGGAGUUUUGUGUUGCAUAAAUUGUGAGUUCUGUGUGCCAGUAAAUCAGUCUUGUUCCAGCAUUAAGCCUUGGCUCAUGUUUGGGGGAAGGGAUACCUACACUCUGGGGAUUGCUAUAAUCACUUACUCCCCAGAGGAAGCUCUUGCAAUAGCUUGAUUUGUUCCUGUUCCUGCUCUCUGGGGAAAGAGAGGUUCACCCACUGGAAACUGGAUCCUGGCCUUGGGUCCAGGGUGGGUGGAAACAGCAGAGACCCCGGCGCAGUUACAUCACUGGAAGUGGGAUCUGCAGUGCUGAUGGUGUGGGUUGGAGUGCUUGGAGUCCUCAGCGAGCAGUAGGAGCAUCGAUUGGCGGAGGUACUCAGUCGGAGUGCCAGCGUUCCGUCACACCUGAAAUACAGUUUUCUGUUCAGUAUAGACCGGUUAACCUAACUAGUUUAACUUUAUCUUUACUUCUAUUCUGUAACUCACAAAAAGGAGGUAUGUUUAGCCAAUGUAUAUUUCUGCACGAGGUAGAAUUCUCUUUUAUGCCUCGUUACAUUAAUUCACUGUACUCUUGCAUUUACAACAAUAAAAAAACAGAUUGACAAAAAAAACACAAUUCCUUUUAAAAACAUUUUUACAUAGUAAGUCCGUGAUCUCUUUGCCCUCUCCCUCAGAUCAAGGUAGGGGCAGAGAGAAUGUGUCAGCUAAUGUUACAAAUCAUUGGCUGACACGUUGUAAUAGUGAUCGCACUGAUAUCACAUGCUGCAGAUUGCCAGGCAGGUCCCCCCACCAAGAUCUGCAGCAGGCCAAAGGCGGCACACACUGGCGUUUAGGACUGGCUCUUUAAAGACGGCAUAGCAUGCCCACUGUCCUUAAGGGGUUAAAGGAAGAUAAAUAAAAUAUUGCAAUUGUGCACACACGUCUUUUUAUUUUUUUUAGGUAUCCCUGAAAUUCAGAGAGUUUAAUAAGUAAUAGGAUGUGGGGAUAUGGUGGACUAUUUGCCAUGAUGCUGUGGGUUUGAUAAAACGAGGCACUCCUCGAGUGAUUAAAUACUUUGUUUCGCAGGUCGUCCAGUGGUUAUACUGCAGAGGUUAAAGAUCAGUCCAAGGGAUCACAAUCACAAGACGUCACAUAGCGAGAAGAUCAAAAAAUCCCAAAUAAUCCGGCUUCAGAUCAGUGAGUGCCUGAUAAUGUAUCAGAGGAUGGGUGCCGACUGUCUGUAGGCUUUAUUUAUUAGCGUUAUGUAAAGGGACUUUAUCUCAUUGAAGUAGUUAUAGUGUCUGGUGUUCCUUGUUAAAUAAUUUCUGGUUUAACGCUAAAUUAAUGUCUCCUGCAAACUUGCCCCUAUAAGCAGUGUCAUUUAUCCAUUCCUCAAAUGUUUAUAAUGCUAUGUUUAAUAUUUAGAAUAUUGGCGCAGUCCAUAUCACCAGUAGUCCGUGCUGUACGUAUCAUAAUUGGGAUUGAAUAGUAUAUCAACGAGAGACUUACACUUAAACCAGCAACAGGGUCAUCGAGUCUAGAACGAAGCACACAGGCCCAAUCCUGCUUAAUCUUUCAUUGAAAGUAAUUCACAUUUCUGUCUACCAGGAAAAAAUAUAAAUAUUAAAUGUGGAGUUUAACCCCCUAAUCCCUUGGCUGCAGUACAGUAUCAACAAUUAGCCAUAUCCGCUUCUAAUCUGUGAUAUUCAGAGAGAAACCUUUAUUUUAGGAACGGUUCUUGUCAAAUUGUGGAUGAAAAAAGCCACGUGGGAAUCCAAAGCCGUCAUCUUUGCGAGGUGACUAGUUCAGGCCCAAUUCUCCGAGGACACAUGAAAUCUGAGUUAAAUUGUGUUAUUUUUCUAUAUAUUGGGAUCUUGUGGGUAUGUCUUUAGUAGGUUUCAGCAUUUUACUUACAUUGUUUGGAAACAAAUUGUCUGUCCAGCUUCGUGGAAUUAAUGUCUAAUUUUUUUACUUUUGUUUUUUCAGACACGGGAUCUGAGGGCAAGCAGAGCCUUGUCUGCACUGGAUAUAGUCUAGUUCCUUACGGAUCAGCUAUAAAGACCACAAAUAAAACCAUAAAAGGGGUUUUUAAUCCAAGUUGUGAGGUGGAAUGUGGACGGAGAUUAUACCAGGAAGCCCAGCUUGGAUCUCACUGGAAAUCUGAUUUGGACAAACGAACUUCAGCUCUCCCUGAUCUCUGUAAAAGCCCCACCCCAAAGGGGACAUUAAACGUCAGUUCAAGAACACAACGGAUACCCAGACUGCUUGAAUGUGCUGAAUGCGGAAGAAAGUUUGUUUUCAGAUACAAUUUAAAGUAUCAUAUGAGAUCUCAUACUGGGGAAACAAACCAUGUAACGUACACAAAAUCCACUCAGCCCAGGAAAUGUAUAAAGAGUACGACGAGGAAAACCCACCACAGAACUGUUAAACCAUUUGUAUGUACAAAGUGCGAGAGACGAUUCCACCACAUGGUGACCCUUCGAACGCACCAGCGAAUCCACGCAGGGAGAAUCUUUACCUGCACUAAAUGUGCAAAAUGUUUCUCACACAGGGUGAUUCUUUUGGCUCAUCAAUGGCUUCACACCGGUAAAAAGCCUUUUUACUGCACUCAGUGCAAUAAAAGCUUCUUACACACGAGUUUUCUCCAGAAACAUCUAAAAGUCCACACAAGGAAGAGGCCUUUCAUCUGCUCAGAAUGUGGUAAACGGUUUAGUAGGAAAACUCGAUACACUGAACACAUGUUGUGUCACACUGGGAAGAAGACUUAUUCCUGUACAGAGUGUGGGAAGUCCUUCAACAAUGAGAAAGCACUUUUCAUCCACCUACGGUUUCACUCUAAGGGGACACCAUAUCUCUGUACUAUGUGUGGGAAACACUUUACCCAGUUUGGAAAUUACAUUUUACACUGCUCACAGCACUCCACGAAGAAACCAUUCUCCUGCUCGAAGUGUGAGGAGGAAUUUGCCACCAAACUUGAACUUCGAAGACACCGUUCUGUCCACACCAGGGAGAAACCAUUUGUGUGCACUGAGUGUGGCCAACAGUUUGCACUACACGAGAAUUUUUUAUCUCAUGAGCUACUUCACACAAAAGAGAAACCCUUUACCUGCACAGAUUGUGGAAAAUGCUUCCGAAAGAAAUUCGAUCUUCAAUCCCACCAUCUGAAUCACACCAAGAUUAAGUAUUUUGAGUGCACUGAGUGUGGGAGAAGGUUUAAUUCGACAAACAGCCUUCUUCGACACCAGUUAAUUCACACCGGUGAAAGGCCCUAUAUCUGUACCGAAUGUGGGGAACGUUUCAUACGGAAGAGGAGUCUGGAUGCUCACAUUCAGAUUCACACGGGACUGCCCCGUAAGGAAAAUGUUCUUCUCAACCUUCAGCAGGUCAACGCUGACCUUGGCACUACCUUUCAGACUCACAAAGUCGAGUCCUUUACUUGUACUCAGUGUGGGAGAAGCUUCAGUCGCAGACCCCUCCUCCGUCUCCACCAGUUAAUACACACCAGGACGAGGCACUAUGUUUGUAAGGAAUGUGGUAAGAGGUACAGACAGAAGAAGAGCCUUGAUGCUCACAUACAGGUUCACACAAGAAAAGCACAGUUUUCACGUGGAAAGUGUGAUAAAAAGAUCUUACCAAUCAGGGAUCUACACAGCCUACAAAAUGUCCAAACAUGGGUGAAGCCUUUGGCCUGGAACAAUGGUUAA